CGGCAACGUACCUUGUGCGAAGUCGUGCACCUCGCGGACAUCGUAGACGGACGCGUUGAAGAUGGGGAGCAUCGUGAAGUCGUCGACGACAUAUUCGUACUGGGCCAAGCGGAGAAGGUGGUCGAAGACAACCUGACCGAGUUGAAAGCCAAACGUGCAUGUGGCCUCGACCGUUUCCGACGAGGUCCGGCGAGAAGAGAGUCCUUUCCACUCGGCCACUUGGCAGCGAAAAUGCAUCGCAGACUCAAUCUCGACUCGUCGCAAAUGCGUGAGAUAAGCCAACUGGAGGCUGUCUCGACCUUUCCUGCAAUUGUCGUCUCUGUCCUCGACAACUCGCCUCAGUCCGGGCGAGUCAAACGAGGCGGAAGCUUUUGUGGAACGAAUGAAGAAGUCCUCGUCCCUUCGUCUCAUCGCCGAGUUGAGCAGAUGAGAACCCCCCUUUGGUCGCUUGGCCUCAGCUAUGCCUCGAGCCUUCGAGGCCGAAUGCGAAAUGUCAUCUCAACUUUGCACAAAUGCACUGAACUCAAGCCAUUACAAUUCUCAAUUUCCAAUUUCCAAUUUCCAAUUUCCAAUUUCCAAUUUCCAAUUGCCAAUUAG